AUGGAAAAGAAAAAUCAACUGAGAACCCAUAUCAUCAAUGAGAUUCUAAACAGAGAGCGAGACUACGUUAAGAACUUAAAGGACAUCUAUGAGGGUUACUACAGGCAAUGCAAGAAGAAAACUGAAAUGUUCUCAGAGGAAAGGCUGUACACUCUCUUUUGCAACAUUGAGGAACUUUAUAAAUUUCAGAAGAAAUUUCUGAAAGUUCUGGAGAAGAUGUACAAUUCAUCACAUCCGUACUUGAGUGAGUUUGGCAUCUGCUUCCUUGACCACCAUCAAAAUUUCCUGAUCUACUCUGAAUACUGCAACAACCACCCCAAUGCUACAGCUGAACUCUCAAAACUCACCAACAUGCAAGACUAUGCUUUAUUUUUUGAGGCCUGCCGACUGCACCAGCACAUGACCAACCUCCCACUGAAUGCCUUUCUGAUAAUGCCAGUGCAGAAGAUCUGUAAAUAUCCAUUACAGCUGUUGGAACUUCAAAAGGCCACCAUCCCCUGCCACAGGGAUGCCAAAAACGUGGAAGCUGCUACGAUUGCCAUGAAGAAUAUCGCCAAUGUGAUUAAUGAGCGCAAAAGACGAGUCGAAAACCUUGAAAAAAUUCCAAGGUGGCAAAGUAAAAUUUUAAAUUGGAAGGGUGAAGAUCUUUUGGAUCGUAGUACUGAGCUUAUUCAAAGUGGUGACUUAAUUGUGAUCAUGAAACCACAAGGCAAGAGCAAGGAAAUGGUACUUUUCCUCUUCGAUCAUCAAGCAGUCUUAUGUAAGAAGGAUCUACUACGCCGUGAUGUUUUAUACUAUAAGCACAGAAUAGACAUGGACACCAUGCUAGUGGUAAACAUAAAAGAUGGCAAAGACUGGGAAUUUGACGUCAAGGUCAAGAAUGCUUUCAAACUUCAAAACAAGCUUGUAGAUGAUGAAGUACACCUGCUAUGUGCAAAGAAACCCUCGGACAAACUGUUGUGGCUUCAUGCCUUUGAGGAUGAAAGAAAAUUAAUUAAAAAUGAUGAAGACACAGCAAGAUCCAGUAUUCGUGAUGGUGGUCGGGAAUGUGAGCAAAUACCAAUAAAGAAGCCUUCACCAUGUCCCUGCAAACCACAAAGGCAUACAAUAUUGGACCAGAUGCCUUCUUCCUCCAGUUCCUCUUCAAGCACGAACACUGCAGAAUCAAUGACAUCGGAAGACCUGGAAAUUGAAUCAGAUGCGGUUUCACUUCGCAGCUAUUCAUAA